AGUCUCUUGGCUCUGAUGGUCUUUCAGGUGAAGAAAAGGCUGAUGUUGAAGCACCAGAAAUGCAAGAGCAGACUUCUGUCAGUAGGGACAAGUCACAGACUGAAGGUGGUCAGCCAAGGGACUCUGCUUCCCCCGAGGCACGGGAAGGACAGCAUAAAGGCCGGGAUCUGAAACAUGGCCGUAUGAAAACUGAGGAAGGGACUGAAUAUUGGUUUGAUGCUAAAGAAGAGCUGACAAUGUCAGAUUUUCCAGUAAUACCUGAAGAAACGAAAAAGCAACAAGAAAAGCAAGGCACAGAAGCUAAGACAGUGCAGAGUGGGAAUGAACAUUCUGCUGUUCAUGUUGGUGGCCCAGGUUCUUCAGUGCUGGAGGAUACUGGAGAAAAUUCCCUGCAGAAAACAUCUUAUUCUUACAGCAUUGAACCAGGUGAUAUCUUUAAUUCUCCUUAUGCACUGAACUUGAGUAGCUUUACCAAGCUGAUUAAGAGACUUCAAGCAACCCAUCCAGAGGCUAGCAGAGACCAAAUUGUGGAGGCUAUUCAGCAGGUGAGGAAAAACAACAAAGGUAUGCUAUGUGGCUUGGCCAUCAGUACUAUUGAGGAAAGGACCUCUGCCAUUCUGAGGAAAUCAAUGCCCAAUUGUGGGCAGGAAAAGCAGUGAAAAACAAUCCUGCUGUAAUUGCUACUGGAAAGAGCAGCCCUGGUUACUAAUAAAGGUUAAAAUUUGUUCUUCAAAAA